UUAAGCGUUUUUAAGGAACAGUGAAACAUGAGACAUUUUAUGCAAGGUUUUGGUAUUAAAAAGCUUGGCAUUUUUUCUAUUUGGAAAUGCGGCACAUAAUAAAAAAGCAAGAAAAAAAUCGAAAUGGUUUCUAUGAAAUGAAUUCGAUGGAAUUUUAAAGUAAACUUGCGUUAAACUUAAAUUAUUAAAUAUAUUGUAAUGUACAACUUCAUGUGAUAUGACGAUAUAGCUUAACUUUAAAAUUAAUAUACCAAUUUUUCAGAUAAGUUUAUCAAUCCAAGUUAUCAAAAUGCCCAGAGCACCAAAGCAACCAAAGGUGGUAAAGGAGCCGGUUGAGGGAGCUGCUCCCAAGAAGCCUAGCGGACUCACUAAACCAAUGAAACUAUCUGCCGAGCUCUCAGCUAUUGUCGGAGCUGGGAAAGAUGAGAAACUGGCAAGGUCAGAGGUGGUGAAACGUCUCUGGGCAUACCUUAAGGAGAAGAAGCUGCAGGACCCGGAGAACAAGCAGUUCUUCACCCCUGACGCUCUGAUGGAACCUGUAUUCGGGAAUGAGAAAAUCAGAGCUUUCAGUAUGUCAAAGUACCUGAAGGAUCACCUCAGCUAGACUUAUGUACUUAUAGUGUACUGCAGGUUAGAAUCCACGAGAACCUACGUCGACGCUGUUUAUGAAGACAAUAUUAAUCACUAGUGUCGGCCAUUUUAAAUUUCGUUUUUUUGUAAAUAUUUUUAGAAAAUAUUCAUCAAACCACGUUA